AUGUACCAGUGCCAUUACUACAUCCAACAUGAGCGCUUCACCACAUGUCUAAUGGGAGAAUAUGAGCCUAAAAUCGAGGUGCAUUUCCCCCUGUCUGUCCCGGCUGCCAGAGGAGUCACGGUGAGGCUGGAGUGUUUCGCUCUGGGGAAUCCUGUCCCGACAAUCACAUGGAGGAAGAUGAACGGUAACAUCCCUAAGAAGGCUCGUCUGAGGAAGUCCCAGGCUGUUCUGGAGAUCCCCAAUGUCCAGCUGGAAGACUCGGGGACCUACGAGUGUAAAGCUGAGAACCCCAGAGGAGGAACAGCCUUUAAGGGACACCUCCAGGUCUACA